UUCAUAAUCUAAAAUCUGGGUCCUCCGCCAGAACCCACCCAACCCAGCAUUCCCAGGCGCCCCGCCGCCACCGCCAUGGCCAAGCUGCCAGCCGUCCUCCACACCCCGCGCCCCUCUUCCCUCCGGCCAGCCCCCAUCGCCGCCGCUCGGACCUCGUCCGACCCGCCGACUCUCCUCGCCCCCACCUCCAUCCCCCGCGCCGACCUCUCCAAGGCCGCCGCCGCCGUCUCCACCAACCGCAGCUCCGCGGGCUCUUCGUCGUCUUCCACCACCCGCGACCUCGGCUCCGUCGCGAAGGCGGCGGCCAAGCGCCUGGCCUAUGACGAUGGAUUCGCCUUCCCGACCGCUGCAUCGACUCCACCGCCACCGGAGCUCGCGCCCGAGGACCUCGCGCCGCUGCUCGACCUCCCCGACCCCGACGACGCGGCCUCCUCCUCCAGCGUCGUGUCCGCCUCUCCUGCUCACGCCAUGGCCGCUUCCGCCGACUCCACCGUCACCGAGGUCGCAGCGGUCGCCGACAGCGAGCAGGCUCCUCCGUUUCCUCUCACGGAGAUGGAGCUCGUCAUCGCCGAGCUCCGCGGCGCCCGCGGCCUCACCCCGCGCACCAAGCGCCUCGUGGACGCGCUCGUCGAGGUCGCCGCCGCCGAGCUCGACCCCAACCCCACGGCCGCCGCCCUCCGCCUGCGCCGCGCGGGCUUCUGGAGGAAGCUCCGCGUCGGGGUCCUCGCCACGACGGUCUUCGCCGUGGCCGCCAUGGACGUCGCGCUCGCCAUUGCCCUCUUCGCCAGCCGCGGCGGGAGCUCUGGCAACUACCAGUACCACGGGCUGCCCCCUACCUGACUUGAGCCGUUGGCCCGUUGAGCGACCUUAACUUGCUUAUCUAAUGUUUAAUUCGCUUCCUAGCGGCUAGCACCCUUGCCGGCCUCUGAGUUCAGUCUGCUGUUUCUCUAUUCCUGCAACUCUCCGCCGCAUCGACCGAUCAAUGCCUUUUCCCUGAUUUUUGCAAACCCUUGCGGCAUGGAGGUCCAAUGGAUUUUGAACACUUCUGCUCAUUGAUGGAUUAGUUGUGUGGUGAGCCCUAUACCUUUUGCUCUUGUUAUUUUCGUGCCCUUGUGCUGCUUACGCAACGGAAAUCUAUUGCAUGAUCUGUUCUAUUAAGUGGAAUAUGUGUCAAACAAUGCUGUGGCAUCAAAGAUACGAGUACAUGGGUGGAUGGAAAUCUUGUUCUGUUGUUUUAUGUUCAUCUAAGAUAGAAUGUUUCAGGUCAGGUGAUUUCUGUUGUUUUUCUAUGCAUAAGUUUGAGCAUGUACAUUUAUCGUUCUGCGAUUAUGAUAUCCUCAUGUCUGUUCGAGAUAACACUAGAUUCA